CCCAUUUCUCAGUAGCAGGGAGAUUGCUGCACACGCCGCCCUCAGCUCUGCUGUUCUGUGCGCACUGAGAGCAGGAGAUGAGCUUAAGAUCUUCUUAGUGAGGAGCCUGGGAAUGGAGAGGCUGGCUCUGCCCCGCUGAUCAGCACAGCCCAACUUUAUGGGGGGCUAGCUAGACUGCGUCUCACUGUCCGCUGCGCAGCCAACAGGGGGGUUUUGAAGAUCAUGAUCACAUGGACGCAUCUAACUAAAUGGUACGUGGGGACAUGGUGGUCCUUUAGAGAGCACAUCUAAAUUACUGGCUAAUUCCUUGGUUUGCCACCCAACAUAGGACGUUGUCUAAUUCUAUCUAUCAGAACUCUCCUAAAUUUUCCCCACCAUGCUAUCUUUAUUAGCCUGAACUCCUUUCCUAAAAUGGUCCUUCUGUUGAUCCUGUCAGUUCUGCUUUUGAAAGAAGAUGUCCGUGGGAGUGCACAGUCCAGUGAGAGGAGGGUGGUGGCUCACAUGCCGGGUGACAUCAUUAUUGGAGCUCUCUUUUCUGUCCACCACCAGCCCACAGUGGACAAAGUUCAUGAGAGGAAGUGUGGGGCAGUUCGUGAACAGUAUGGCAUUCAGAGAGUGGAGGCCAUGCUGCAUACUCUGGAAAGGAUCAACUCAGACCCCACACUCUUGCCCAACAUCACCCUGGGCUGUGAGAUAAGGGAUUCCUGCUGGCAUUCGGCUGUGGCCCUAGAGCAGAGCAUUGAGUUCAUAAGGGACUCCCUCAUAUCUUCAGAAGAAGAAGAAGGUUUGGUGCGCUGCGUGGAUGGGUCUUCCUCUUCCUUCCGCUCCAAGAAGCCCAUCGUAGGGGUCAUUGGGCCUGGCUCCAGUUCUGUGGCCAUUCAGGUCCAGAACUUGCUCCAGCUUUUCAACAUACCUCAGAUUGCUUACUCGGCAACAAGCAUGGAUCUGAGUGACAAGACUCUGUUCAAGUACUUCAUGAGGGUUGUGCCCUCAGAUGCUCAGCAGGCACGGGCCAUGGUGGACAUAGUGAAGAGGUACAACUGGACCUAUGUGUCAGCUGUGCACACAGAAGGCAACUAUGGAGAGAGUGGGAUGGAAGCUUUCAAAGAUAUGUCAGCCAAGGAAGGAAUUUGCAUCGCUCACUCUUAUAAAAUCUAUAGCAACGCAGGGGAACAGAGCUUUGAUAAACUGCUGAAGAAGCUCAGGAGUCACUUGCCCAAGGCCCGGGUGGUGGCCUGCUUCUGUGAAGGCAUGACAGUGAGAGGUCUGCUGAUGGCCAUGAGGCGCCUGGGUCUAGCAGGCGAAUUUCUUCUUCUGGGCAGUGAUGGCUGGGCUGACAGGUAUGAUGUGACAGAUGGAUAUCAGCGAGAAGCUGUCGGUGGAAUCACAAUCAAGCUCCAAUCUCCUGAUGUCAAGUGGUUUGAUGAUUAUUAUCUGAAGCUCCGUCCAGAAACAAACCUUCGAAACCCUUGGUUUCAAGAAUUUUGGCAGCAUCGUUUUCAGUGCCGGCUGGAAGGGUUUGCACAGGAGAACAGCAAAUACAACAAGACUUGCAAUAGUUCUCUGACUCUGAGAACACAUCACGUUCAGGAUUCCAAAAUGGGAUUUGUGAUCAAUGCGAUCUAUUCCAUGGCCUAUGGACUCCACAACAUGCAGAUGUCCCUCUGUCCAGGCUAUGCGGGCCUCUGUGAUGCAAUGAAGCCAAUCGAUGGACGGAAACUUUUGGAUUCCCUGAUGAAAACCAAUUUUACUGGGGUUUCUGGAGAUAUGAUCCUCUUUGAUGAGAAUGGAGACUCUCCAGGAAGGUAUGAAAUAAUGAAUUUCAAGGAAAUGGGGAAAGAUUAUUUUGAUUAUAUCAAUGUUGGAAGCUGGGACAAUGGAGAAUUAAAAAUGGAUGAUGAUGAAGUAUGGUCCAAGAAAAACAACAUCAUUAGAUCCGUGUGCAGUGAACCAUGUGAGAAAGGCCAGAUAAAGGUGAUCCGGAAGGGGGAAGUCAGCUGUUGUUGGACCUGUACACCUUGUAAAGAAAAUGAGUAUGUCUUUGAUGAGUACACCUGCAAGGCAUGCCAGCUGGGGUCGUGGCCCACUGAUGACCUUACAGGCUGUGACUUGAUCCCAGUACAGUAUCUCCGCUGGGGUGAUCCUGAGCCCAUUGCAGCUGUGGUGUUUGCCUGCCUUGGCCUACUGGCCACCCUAUUUGUCACUGCAGUCUUCAUCAUUUACCGUGAUACGCCAGUAGUCAAGUCCUCCAGCAGGGAACUCUGCUAUAUCAUCCUUGCCGGCAUCUGCCUGGGUUACUUAUGUACCUUCUGCCUCAUUGCAAAGCCCAAACAGAUUUAUUGCUACCUUCAGAGAAUUGGUAUCGGUCUUUCCCCAGCCAUGAGCUACUCAGCCCUUGUAACCAAGACCAAUCGUAUUGCAAGGAUCCUGGCCGGCAGCAAGAAGAAGAUCUGUACCAAAAAGCCCAGAUUCAUGAGUGCCUGCGCCCAGCUGGUGAUUGCUUUCAUUCUCAUAUGCAUUCAGUUGGGCAUCAUUGUUGCCCUCUUUAUAAUGGAGCCUCCUGAUAUAAUGCACGACUACCCAAGCAUUCGAGAAGUGUACCUGAUCUGUAAUACCACCAACCUGGGGGUUGUCACGCCUCUUGGAUAUAACGGCUUGCUGAUUUUGAGCUGUACCUUCUAUGCUUUCAAGACGAGAAACGUUCCAGCUAACUUCAACGAGGCCAAGUAUAUUGCCUUCACUAUGUACACCACCUGCAUUAUAUGGCUGGCCUUUGUGCCAAUCUACUUUGGCAGCAACUACAAAAUCAUCACCAUGUGUUUCUCCGUCAGUCUCAGUGCCACAGUGGCGCUGGGCUGCAUGUUUGUGCCGAAGGUGUACAUCAUCCUGGCCAAACCAGAGAGGAAUGUGCGCAGCGCCUUCACCACGUCUACCGUAGUGCGCAUGCAUGUGGGGGACGGCAAGUCAUCCUCAGCAGCCAGCAGAUCCAGCAGCCUGGUCAACCUGUGGAAGAGGAGGGGCUCCUCUGGGGAAACCCUAAGGUACAAAGACAGGAGACUGGCCCAGCACAAGUCGGAAAUAGAGUGUUUCACCCCCAAAGGGAGUGUGGGGAAUGGUGGGAGAGCAACAAUGAGCAGCUCCAACGGAAAAUCCGUCACGUGGGCCCAGAACGAGAAGAGCAGCCGGGGGCAGCACCUGUGGCAGCGGCUGUCCAUCCACAUCAACAAGAAGGAGAACCCCAACCAAACGGCCGUCAUCAAGCCCUUCCCCAAGAGCACCGAGAGCCGCGGCCUGGGCGCCGGCGGCGCGGGGAGCGGCGCGGGGGCCGCGGCUGGCGCGGGCGGGGGCGCGGGGGGCGCGGGUGGUGGCCCCGGGGGGGCGGAGCCCCCGGACGCCGGCCCCAAGGCGCUGUACGACGUGGCGGAGGCCGAGGAGCACUUCUCCGCGCCCGCGCGCCCGCGCUCGCCGUCGCCCAUCAGCACGCUGAGCCAGCGCGCGGGCUCGGCCAGCCGCACGGACGACGACGUGCCGUCGCUGCACUCGGAGCCCGCGGUGCGCAGCAGCUCUUCGCAGGGCUCGCUCAUGGAGCAGAUCAGCAGCGUGGUGACCCGCUUCACGGCCAACAUCAGCGAGCUCAACUCCAUGAUGCUGUCCACCGCGGCGCCCGGCCCCGGCGUGGGCGCCCCGCUCUGCUCGUCCUACCUGAUCCCCAAAGAGAUCCAGCUGCCCACGACCAUGACGACGUUCGCCGAAAUCCAGCCGCUGCCCGCCAUCGAGGUCACGGGCGGCGCGCCGCCCGCGGCGGUGGCGGCGGCGGCCCCGCCGGUAGGGGGCGCUGCCGAAGAGCCCCCGGCGGCGGCCGGGCCCGAGGCUGCGGCGGGGAAGGCGGACCUGGAAGAGUUGGUGGCUCUCACCCCGCCGUCCCCCUUUAGAGACUCGGUGGACUCUGGGAGUACCACCCCCAACUCGCCAGUGUCGGAGUCGGCCCUCUGUAUCCCAUCGUCUCCCAAAUAUGACACAUUGAUCAUAAGAGAUUACACUCAGAGCUCCUCGUCGUUGUGA